GGAAGGUAACAGCUAAAAAGAACAUUUAAAAGAACAUUAACCAUGAGUCAUAACUGGAUUUUCUUUUUUAAAAUAGAAACCAGUCAAGAGGAUUCGCCACUCAUGAGCUGGAAUGAGUUAUCCAUCAUAGAGCGCGUUGGCCUCAACAGUGUAGAGAUGUCGGAGAAAGAUUUGGAGACUGCCUUCUCUCACAUUACCCUGGCUUUCCGCUGUGACCAGUACACACUGAAGCAGAGGCUGCAGGCGGAGGAGCACGCCCGCAACCUGGCUGAGGAGAACAUUCAGCUGGAGCUGACCAGAGGCAGAGAGACUCUGGAGACACUGAAGGGAUUGUGUCUGGACAGUAAACGCAGUAAGAUCCUGCAGAGGCUGGAGCUUUCUCUGGACAUCCUUGGUGGGACAGUGGAGCGCAUCUCCAACACGGCCGAGGUCCUCGGGGCCGUGCACCAGGAGGCUCGGGUGACUCGGGCGGUGGAGCUCAUGGUUGCUCACGUGGAGAGUCUGAGGAGGCGACAUGACAGAAACGUGGCAGAACUGCAAGAGACCAAGAAAAUGAUCCAGCAGCAAAACUCAUGCAGAUACAUCUUUGACCCCAGAGUCUCAUCAGAUCCAGGGGAAAGUGACAACAUACUAAGAUGCUCACAGCGGAACAGCGGCCGUCGAAGGAUCAGUGUGUCAGUCAUUUCCAGCCAAACUCAGGAGAAGAGAAAGCGAGACUUGAGGAAGCGAUCGGGUCACAAAGCGUCGUCCAGCAGGAAGUCCUGUCCGUCUCCAUCCAUGAGCUCAGAGUCCAGUUACUGUGCCACCAACAAGGACCAAAGUUUUUUAGUAGACGACGGGUCAACCAUUCUGCCACUUGAUUCAGAGGGAAAUGCACCUGAAGAGUCAGCUACUCAGCUUCCUCCAGAUCCGGCUGCCAUCCCCAGCACAGAGAGCCCGGCUUCAAAGCAAGUGGUCACCAGGAAAAUACAAAACAAAAACGCCUCUCUGGAUACUUUGCGACAGAGACACAAGGACAAAGCCGUGUUAACGAGAAAGAAGUCCGACAAGAACAAAAAGAGUACAAACGACUACGGACGGAUCUCUGUGGACACGAAUGGCUCUUGGUGGACAAGACAUCCUCUGAGUCACCAGAUGAACCGCCGCCACUGGCUGCUCAGCUGCUUGUACGUGUUUGUGCUUUUCUGUGUCAUCGUGUUGACUUUUGUCUUGUGGAAGGUUCACGACGAAGCGUUUGAGCCAUGACCUGUGACUGUACUAUGAGCUGCAUGGAAAUCUCUUUGUA